UUGUCCAGAUGGAAAUGAUCCCAUUGCCGGCCACUUUCGGCCACGUGCCGCAUUGCGCCAAUUGCAGUGAGCGUCCGCGGCACAGGGAGGUGGUGGCCCUAUGUUCUUUGGCAGCUUCAAGGUGAUAUGCUGGGAGGCCCUCCAAGCCAUUUGGAAACUUUCAUGCUGUGCAGUUGAACCGUGAGAUCAUUCAAGCACCCACUGCGGCAGAAUUGCUUGCUCUGUGCCAGUUACGGAUCACUGAAUUGAACGCGGUCAACGUGGCCACUGCCUUGAAUCAACUUGCCAAACGACGCGACGCCCGAGAUGCGUGGCACACGGGCAAAAUGAGCCUCUUGAUCGAUGCAGCGGAGAGCUUUGCCAAGACCGGAUCCGGCCGGGAGCUCGCGAGUAUGGCUUGGUGAUGCGCCAAAGUUGAGUUCUGCCAUCGACCCUUGCUGGAGGCCAUAGCUCGUUGUGCUCAGCAACAGAGCUUCGCCCCACAGGGACUUUCGAACCUCUCGUGGAAGCUUGCCACUGUGAAGUUUCUGGAUGCACCGCUGAUGUUUUUUUUGGCGUUUCAGGUCGUUGAGCAGAUUUCUGAGUUCGAUGCCCAAUGCGUGGCCAACACAGCCUGAGCUCAUGCUUGCCUGAAGAUCACUGAUCAGCGGCUGAUGGAGGCAGUUGGUGAAUAUGUGGUCAACCGGACGGCAACAUUUGCUCCGCAGGGCCUCGCAAAUAGAGCGCAGACGCCUGGAACUUUGGGCAUUCGGAGGAAGCCGCUGUUGGAUGCUAUCGCAGAGGCCGCUGUUAAUUGCAGUGGCUUCACAUCAUAAGGACUUACCAACUCUGCCUGGACUUUUGCCACGCUGGCUGAGAGAAAGGAGAUGUUGUUCGACUUGGUUGCAUUUUCUGCGCCUGUGAGCGACAUGCCUUUCCAAGAACUGGCAAUGACAGCUUGGUGUCCUUCGACACUUCUGAUUGGCAAGGAUCCAUUUGUGAAAGAAAUCGCGGAAGCAGCUACAGCGAAACUUGAAACCACGAAUUUUCGGCUUUGUGGAUUUGGGUCCAAAGAGGCCUGUCCUGCAGAGAUGGUGACAGCUUUGGCAGGUGCACUGCAAAGUUUGGGCGCUGAUACAUCUCAGUACUUGACAGCGGCAGCGUCAUCGCUGGCCCGAGUUGCAGAGCCAUUGGAUGCGGCUGCAAGGACAACCAGCUAUGACUCGGUCGCAGACUUGACAGACGAAGUCCCCACAGUGCUGGCCACACAUCCUGGCAUUGCCUUCAUCUUCAAACCCAAGGGCUGGUCCGUGAACGUCAACAGAGACACUGCGGCUGGUUUAGGUGAUGAUGAUGCUGCGGAGGACAGCCAAGAGAGCCAGGCGGCCCCGAAGCUUACAGCUUGGCUACAGGCAGAGCUCGCACCAAGGUUCCCCAUUUGCGGAGAUCAUACGGUCCAGCAUGGCGUUGUGCACCGGCUGGACUUGGACACCUCUGGCCCAAUGCUCUGUGCCACCAGUUAUCAGGGAUACCUGAUCGCGCUGCUCUUAUUUGCCUCUCGAAAGGUCACGAAGGAGUACGUUUGCCUAUGCAAAGGGUGGUUGUCGAACAAGGUGCGCUUUUUUGAAGCACCGCUACUCUACGGUGAGUAUCAGACCCUAUCGAGUCAAGGCCGGCACACACUGCGCCCGGAACUUGAAGGUGAAGGAGCACACGGCUUACGACAAGCCAAGACAGAGGUUCUGACUGUGGGUCACUUCACAGAUCCAGCGGGUGCUCCAGUCAGCCUCGUAGAAGUGCGGCUACAUACAGGGAGGCGGCAUCAGAUUCGUGCACACCUUCGCUAUGAGGGGCAUCCUUUGAUUGGCGAUGGCAUCUAUGGAAAUGGCGCAGAACCGUGGUGUGACAGCCUCUUCCUGCACUCUUAUCACCUGGGUCUCACCACUGGCUUUCCACCGCUUUCACCUUGCCAUGUCUUUGUUCCCUUGCCAGCCAACCUGCGGAUGGUGCUGUCGUGCCUGAAAGCCAUGAAUGCCGCAUCACAUGAAAUGCAGAAAGAUUGGCAAUGGCGGCAAAAGGGCUUUCACAGUUUAAGUUGGGUCGCGUUGGUGGUGGCCUUCUCACUAUAUUUUUGAUGUCGAUUCUCCAUUUAGAUGGAUUUUAGAUGGCUGCUACAUGCUGCUACGAUUCUCCAUCUUGUCUUUGUAUCCUCUAAAUGACACUAUGUUACUGCCGCUGUUCUGGUUUGCUUAUGUUUUCUUCUUGCUGCUGGUUGCUUGUUCCCUAUUAUCUUCAUGAUAGUAACUUUGCGACCUCGCCCUGAUCGAACAGGUUCCAACGCAGAACAGAUCGUUGGCGUGGUGAGUUGG